CAAAUUUCGGGGGCUGCCCUACACCUUUUUCACCUUCCUUUGACAAUGUCCUUAGCAGGGUAUCUCUUUGGCAAUGUUGACGAACAAGGCCGACUCGACACUGAUUUGGACGAAGAACUGAGGGAAUCGUUACAGCAUGUCGAUUCGGGUGUCAUUUCAAAAAUUUUCAAUACCGAUACUUUUGGACUUGAACACGGAAGUGUAGAACGUGGAGAAGAGGAAGAAGAAGAAGACGACGACGAAGACCUGAACGAUAAUGAGUUAGCCGAAAGACGAAAAAGACAACAACAGCAACAACAAGAACAUGCAUCGGAUGCUGUUGAUUAUUCAGAUUUCAAUGAAGCCGUACCCGAUGAUCAGAUCUUUUCAGAAAAAUAUUAUAAACGAGGCAUGGGAAUUGUACAAACCAAAGCACAACAACCAAAGUCGCGUCUACGAUUUGUUACCGACGAUUAUGACGACGAAGAAGAAGAAGCUCAGAUUGUAAAGACAGAACAAGACGAGCAACAGCAGACGAGUAAACCGUUAAUAAUACCACCGAGUGCACUAGCACAAUUUCCUUUCUCAUCAUCAACGUCUGUGCAAAAGCAACAACAACAAUUGAGGACGAUACCAGAAUUACCUGCGCAGCCGCAGCAGCAACCCGCGCGCCAAGUUGAUAUCAAGGAAUUGUUUCCUGCAUUUGAACAGGGCAAAGUCCUCAAGUUUUCAGAUCUGUUCAUGACAAAGCUCAAUCAACGUUCGAAACUAUUACCAAGCAAGAGAGUGAUUUUUGGUGAUGGUUACGAGUAUGAGGUCGAACGAGAUGAACGAAUGCUUUUUGCACGUCCGAAAAAAGUGGAACGCGUUCGAUGGGAUCAUGGAAAAGCACCAGCGAAACGACGAAAGCUUGAUAUUACACCAACAGAUGAUUAUCCUGUGAGCGAAAGCGAAAGUGAAGGUGAAGAAGACGUAUCGGAUGAAGAUGUUGAAACGCCAUAUGUAACCGAGACACCGGCAAUCGACGUGGAAAACAACCGAUUAUACCAUUCUGUCAUGUUGGAUAUGUGGGAAGACCGAAUUCAGUGGGGUGGGGAUAGCGACGGAGAGACGGCCAAAGGUAGCAGCCAUGAGGAAGUUCCACUUAUUGGUGAAAUUGAACAGUCGGUCGUAUCCAAACAUUUGAAUCAACAGCUUGAAGAUGGAGAUUGGCUUGAUGCCGUUAUCUGGAGCAACGAAAAACCAAACCCUGCUUUUCUCAAGAUUGACCUAGAUUUGAAUGAUUCCAACAUGUUGUUUGAUUGUGAAGAAGUGGAGGCUACAAAGGCUCAGAUGGUUGAAGCGAAACAAGUUAAAAAGGGUCGAAAGCCAUUACCAAAGCCCCUUCCCAAGAUCCCAAUUAUCUACAGCACCGACGAGCCGCACAACAAACUCCCUCUUAAUCGGUUCAAUUUAUCAAACGACAAAUUUUAUGACUCUCAUUAUACCGGCCGACUUGUUCGUGUACGACAAACAUUUGGACAGCUGGUCGUUCAGCAUGCACUACCGGCAUUAAAGUUGCAUCCUGCAUUGUACAAAACACGUUUAUCCAAGGCCGAACUUCGUUCAUUCCACCGACCCUUGUUACAAUUACCUUCGAAUUCUGAUAUACAAUUUUCGCGUGUCAAAGUCAGCAAGAAGAAGAAAAAGGACAAGAAGAAGGGUUAUGUGGAUGCAAUGCGAAGCACCAAGGAUUUGUCACUUAAAGAUAAUGCGCCAUUUGUGUUGUUGGAAUUCUCGGAAGAGCAUCCUCCGAUCAUAUCAAACGCCGGUAUGGGUACAUUGAUCAUCAACUACUAUCGGAAAACAGAGCCCAAGGAUGAAACUGUACCUACGGGCGAUAUUGGUGAACCAUUUGUACUCGACAUUGGCGAUACAUCACCGUUCAUGAACUUUGGCAAUGUCGAGCCUGGGCAGACUAUAUCCGUACUCUACAACAAUCUGAUCCGGGCACCGCUUUUCCGACACGAUGUCAAAAGCACCGAUUUCCUCUUUGUCAAGAGCACCUACAAGGGCAAUACCAAGUAUUAUAUCCGGGAAAUCCCCGCCAUUUUCACCGUUGGACAAACCUACCCUGUGCAAGAAGUGCCUGGACCGCACUCGCGCAAAGUGACCACCACGAUCAAAAACCGCCUGCAAGUCGUUGCGUAUCGCCUUAUCCGAAAAAACCCGCUCCAACGUCUCAGAAUGAAUAAGCUGGCACAAAAGUUUCCGGAAUACACAGACAUCCAGAUCCGACAGCGAUUAAAGGAGUUUUUGGAAUUCCAUCGACGGAACAAAGAAGGGGGAGGCGGUUAUUGGAAGACGCGAGGUGGUGGUGAACCACCUAACGAAGAAGACUUGCGCAAAAUGGUCACUCCGGAAAUGGUGAGCUUGUAUGAAAGUAUGCUUGUGGGUGAACGGCAUUUGCAGGAUCUGGGUUAUGGCGACGUCAACGAUGAUGAAGAGACUGGCGAGGGCGAUUCUAAGCUUGAAGUGGAACAACAGCUGGCACCUUGGUUUGCUACACGUAACUUUAUCAAUGCCACACAGGGAAAAGCUAUGCUUAAACUGUAUGGCGCUGGUGAUCCAACGGGCAGAGGCGAAGGUUUCAGUUUUAUCCGUGUUUCCAUGAAGGACAUUUUCUUGCGAGCUGGCGAAUCUGCCGAGGAAAAGCUUGCUCAAAUCGAACAACGACCCAAAAGUGCCCAUCGAUACAAUGUUGCUGAGCAACAACAAAUCUAUCGAGAAGAAAUUGCACGUAUUUGGAAAGCCCAGCUGGAAUCGCUGGCGAGCAAGACGGAGCCAGAGUUAUCGGAUCACGACGGAGAAGGAGAAAGCGAGGCAGACGAGAUAUCGCGUGAGGUAUAUCACGCAGACAGUCCGAUGGGCAUGGGUUCUCCUGCUGCACAUUACGGAGGACGAGGCUAUGGAGGACGGUUUGAACGUGCGCAUUCUGAAACGGUGGAUGACGAUGAAGUGUCAGUGACAGGCAGCUUGAGCUCACGCACCAGUUAUCAUGUCAACAAUCCAAACAAGCAUCUGAUCAUUCGAAGAUUGAUGCGUCAAAAGAACGGAGAAAGCUCGUGGGUGCAAGAAGUCAUUCGAGACCCUGUGGUUAUCAAAUCAUAUUUGCGACAGCGGCAGAUGAUUGAAGAAGAGGCGACAAGCACGGAAGCGCUCGAGCCAACGGAUGACGUGGAAAAGAAUGCCAGAAUGAAGAAACGUAUUCAAGAUCAACUUGCCAAGCUCAAGAGAAAUGCCGAACGACGACGACAGCGACAAUUAGCAAAGCAGGCUGCAUUGGCCGAAAACCCGGUACUUGGCUUGAUUCGUGGCAAACGUGAAGGUGCUAUGCGUCGUUGUGGUAACUGUGGACGACUGGGCCAUAUGAAGACAAACAAGAACUGCCCAAUGUUCCAUAUAGUCAACAAUAUGAACAAUGCAGCAGCGGCAGCAGCGGCAGCAGCGGCAGCAGGUGGAACUCCAGGAACCCCAACAGCAACACCAACAACCCCUUCGUCAUCGCAACAACAACCAACCACACCUUCUAAUAAUCCAGCUGAACCGUCCUUAUCAACAACACCAGGAGGUGCUGCCACUCCCAGUGCUAAUCCCGCCACACCUUCCUCGCCCCCUGUUAAAUAGUUUUCUUUUUCUUUUAUAUACAACAUGUGAUUUUUAUACAUAUAU